UUGGGCCGGCCAGGCGCAAACCAUCAUCAGUUCAUGAGUCCCGAUCUCCGUUUAGAGUUACACAAAAGCAUUCAAUCAUUUCUUCUCCAAACUCCGCGUUUCAAUCGAUCUGAGGUCUAGAUAUUACUUUCAGUGGGAAAAUGAAUUUUUUGAUGCGACCUUCGCAUACUGCACAUGCAGAUGAGCCACCUGUUCAUGAAAUUUCUAAGGGCACACAACAUGUGACAAAACCUACAGCAACUUUGGAGGGUCUUAUAGCUGAAGAUUCAUUUCCAAAUUAUUUUGUGGAUGAAGUUCAUGGUGAAGUUGGAGGUGAAAAUGGCAGUGUUGCAGGUCUAAGUUCAAAAAGUGACUCUCCUGACCUAGAGAACCUCUCAGAUGUUACAGAAGAAGAAGGAUGGAUAACUAUACCACAAAAGGAACUUCCUGAUAAUUGGAGAGAUGCACCAGACAUAUGUUCCUUUCGCUCCCUUGACCGCUCCUUUGUUUUUCCUGGUGAACAAGUUCAUAUACUGGCAUGUCUGUCAUCCUCUAAGCAGGAGACACAAAUUAUUACUCCAUUUAAAGUUGCUGCAAUGAUGAGUAAAAAUGGCAUAGGGCAAAGCACAAAGAAACAAAGUGGAGAGACUGAAGAUGAAACCAAUUCGAUGUUCGGAAAAGUGGAAGCGAAUCAUGAUGGUGAAGAUACUUAUCACAAUGGUGAAAACCUGUUAAAAGAAAAGAUUGAUUCAGAAAAGGAUAUUUCUGCCAGUGAAUCUCUCCUUAGGAUGGAAGAUCACAAAAGACAAACUGAAAUUUUAUUGCAAAAAUUUAAGAACUCUCAUUUUUUUGUUCGGAUUGCCGAGUCAGGAGAGCCUCUCUGGUCAAAAAGAAGUGCUGCAGAAACAUCUCUACAAUUUUCUGAAAUGUCUGCUCCUAAGUCUACUGCGAUUAAAACUAGAAAGACUGCUAAAGAAAUUACCCCUCUUACUGCUGUUAUUGAUAAAGGGAAUUUUAAUGCCAAUGUCUCUGGUGGUGUAGCAAGAAACAUCGUUGAUUGUUGCUCUCUUUCUAAUGGAGACAUAGUGGUUCUUUUACAAGUGAAUGUUGCUGUUGAUUCUCAGAGGGAUCCUGUCCUUGAGAUUCUUCAAUUUGAGAAAUAUAAUAAUGACAAAUUUUCUUCUGAGAACCCGGACAACUUAGUCUACACAAACCAGGAUCCAUGUGGGGAACUACUAAAAUGGUUGCUUCCUUUGGAUAAUGCUCUUCCCCCUCCCACCCGUGCAUUGUCUCCUCCUCCUUUGAGUUCCAGUUCUGGCAUUGGUAGCACAUCUCAAAGAUCCACUCUUUCUGCAUCAUCUGGCUCUCAACUCUUCUCUUUUGGCCACUUCAGAAGUUACUCCAUGUCAUCACUUCCUCCUCAAAGUACUCCUCCACCACCUCCAUCUGUUGCAACUCCAAGCUCUAAACCAAACUUUGAACUUGAAGAUUGGGAUCGGUCCUCACCUCAGAAGUUUGUGAAGAGUAAAAAGACUGGAAGUGAAGAGCUGUUAUCUUUUCGAGGUGUCUCACUAGAGCCAAAAAGGUUUUCUGUUUGUUGUGGGUUGGAAGGCAUCUAUAUACCAGGAAGAAGGUGGAGGAGGAAACUUGAAAUUAUUCAACCUGUCGAGAUCCGUUCUUUUGCUGCUGACUGCAACACAGAUGACCUUCUAUGUGUUCAGAUAAAGAAUGUUUCACCAGCUCAUACACCUGAUAUUGUGGUAUUCUUAGAUGCUAUAACAAUUGUUUUUGAGGAGGCUUCAAAAGGGGGAUCACCUUGUUCGUUACCAAUGGCAUGUAUUGAAGCUGGGAAUGAUCACAGUUUGCCAAAUUUACCCCUCAGGAGAGGUGAAGAACACUCUUUUAUUCUCAAACCUGCAACUUCAGCUUGGAAGCGUCUUAAGGCUCAACGUGAAAGCUCUCAAUCAUCUCAUUUACCUGUUAGAAAUGCAGCAUCAUUGAAGGGAAAAGGAGGCCUUCCAUCCAAGAUCGUUGAAGGGAAAAGGAGCACUCUAACUUCUGAUCAGUAUGCUGUUUUAGUAUCAUGUCGGUGCAACUACACUGAAUCGAGAUUGUUUUUCAAGCAGCCAACAAGCUGGCGACCACGUAUCUCAAGGGAUCUUAUGAUUUCUGUUGCAUCUGAAAUGUCAAGACAACCUCUUGGACCCAAUGGAAGAGUCUCUGAGCUUCCUGUUCAGGUGUUAACUCUUCAGGCUUCAAAUUUAACAUCCGAAGAUCUAACCUUAACAGUUCUUGCUCCAGCCUCAUUUACUUCACCUCCUUCAGUGAUGACCUUGAACUCUGCACCCUCAUCUCCAACGAGACCGUCCGUUGGUUUUUCCUCGUUUGCAGGAAAAUUAGGUGAUGGGAGACAUGAUACUGCCAUGCCAAGGCAGACUUCGGCACCUAUGCUAUCAGAGAAUCACAAAGAGAAUGGUUUUGGAGCUCAAUCUGUUUCUUCUAAUGAGCAGGCUGCUCCUCUAUCUGAUAUCAUCCCAAAUACUGGUUUGGGUUGUACGCAUCUAUGGCUGCAGAGUAGAGUUCCAUUAGGAUGUGUUCCUUCUCAAUCUACUGCUACCAUCAAGCUGGAGCUGCUUCCUUUAACUGAUGGCAUAAUCACACUUGAUACUUUACAGAUUGAUGUUAAGGAGAAAGGUCAUACCUACAUCCCUGAGCAUUCUCUGAAGAUCAAUGCAACUUCCAGCAUUUCCACUGGGAUUGUUUAGAAUGGAUCAGUUCCAAUUCGUGUUUCCUACCAAGCUCUCUGUUCAAAUGUGCGAAACAUCCAGACUGUUGAACUCAUCUUGUUGCUAGCAUUGGCUGUUCCAUGGCUAUCCAGAUGAGUAGCACCAAGGUAAUUGUUCUUUCUUUAAUGUGACAGGAAUUGUCUUGUAAGUUUUUUAUGAAAAUACAGUCUCACAUUGCAUAUUGUAGACCCUGAUCUGAGAAUAUCAUUUGUUGCGUACACUUCAAUGGAAUGAAAGGAAAUUUAUACAACGCUGUUGAUGAAUUGAAA